AUGAAUGGAGUCAUACAGAGCUUCCUAUCAAUCAUUUUAAGUGUGGAAUGCAUAAUAGGGAAUCUAGGAAAUGGAUUCAUAGCACUGGUUAAUUGCACGGACUGGGUCAGGACGACAAAAAUGUCUUCAGUUGAUCGAAUCCUUACUGCUUUGGCAGUCUCCAGAAUUGUUCUUCUCUGGUUGACAUUCAUAGAUUGGUGGGUAACUGUGCUUAACCCAGCCAUGUGGAUGAGUGAAAAUAUGUCGAAAAUGAUUUGUAUUUCAUGGACAGUGGCCAAUCAUUUUGGUAUCUGGCUUGCUACCUGCCUCAGCAUCUUUUAUUUCCUGAAGAUAGCCAAUUAUUCUAACUCCAUUUUUCUUUACCUAAAGUGGAGAGUUACAAAGGUGGUUUCAGUGACUGGGAUGAUGUCUCUGGUUCUCUUGUUCUUAGAAGUUUUACUGAUGAAUAUAUAUGAUAACGUGUUUGCUGAAUAUCAAAGAAACAUGUCUUAUACUUCCAAUCUGACUAUCUCUGUACACUGUAACAACCAUCCUUUAUUCACUCACAUUUUAUACAUGCUCGUGCCCUUCGCUGUGUCCGUGACAACUUUCCUGCUGCUCAUCUUCUCCCUGGGGAAGCAUCUGAAGAGGAUGCAGUGCAGUGCCCGAGGGUCCAGAGACGCCGGCACCACGGCCCACAUGAAGGCCUUGCGAACUAUGGUCAUCUCUCUGUUAAUGUAUACCAGUUUCUUUUCGUCUUUUUUGGUUCAAGUUCAUAACCCUAAAAAUCAAAUAUUCUCCGCUUUCCUGGAAGCUGUCAUAAUAGCUUUUCUUUUGGUCCAUUCAUUUGUCUUGAUUCUGGGAAGCAGUAAGCUGAGACAGGCUUUUCUUUUAGCGCUGAGGUGGCUGAGGUGCCGGGCCAGAGAUGUGGAACUCUCCAAUCCACAGACCCUUUCAGGGAUCAUCUUGCAUGUUCUAGAAGAAAAUCAGAUCACACAUUAUCCAGGUUGCUAA